AUGCAUUGUGGAGCAUGUGUUAAAAUACUUUGCGAAGCUUGUGCUGAGAAGCCAUCUUGCAAAGCUUGCACUCAGAAAGAAGCUAAGAAGAAAGCCCGCUCUAAGACGGUAUUUAAGGCUAUUAAAUUGAUUAUAAGAACGAUUUUUCUUGCGGCAUUGCUGAGCGGUUUGUUCGUUCUCUCAUCAGAGGUAAUUAAUGAUUUACCGACUGUGAGAAACGAAUACGUUCAAAUGUCAGAGUUUCCAGCACCG